AUGAUCAAUCAUCUUAGAACAAAAUACUGGGUUAUUGACGCUAAAAACCAAGUAAAGCAUUAUAUUCGCAAUUGUGUUAUUUGUAUUCGAUAUGCAAGUCAACGUAGAGAGCAACUGAUGGGACAAUUGCCAACAGCCAGAGUUACACCAAUGAGACCUUUCAAAAGAAGUGGCGUCGACUAUGCUGGUCCUAUUGCUAUAAGAACGUCCAAAGGGCGUGGUCAUCAUGCAUAUAAAGGGUAUAUUUGUUUAUUCAUCUGCAUGGUGACUAGAGCAAUCCAUCUAGAAGUAGUAAGUGACCUUACUGCUCAAGGAUUCAUUGCUGCCUUUAAAAGAUUCGUAGCUAGAAGAGGACAUUGCGCAGAGCUCUUUAGUGAUAAUGGUACAAAUUUUGUGGGUGCAGAACGUGAAUUGAAGUCCUUAUUAUUUGCAGAAAAGUCUAGAUUACUGCCAGAAAUAGCGAAUUGGUUAUCUACAAAUGGUACUGAAUGGCAUUUUAUCCCACCGCAUUCCCCCAACUUUGGAGGACUAUGGGAGGCUGGCGUAAAAUCCACUAAAUAUCACCUUAGACGGAUAAUCGGAACUUCUACACUUACUUUUGAAGAAAUGAGCACUCUCUUAUCUCAAAUUGAGGCUUGUCUUAAUUCGCGUCCAUUAUCAAGCUUAAGCUCAUCGGCUGAUGAUCCCGAGCCUUUAACACCAGGUCACUUCUUGAUUGGGGAACCAUUAGUACUUGUACCAGAUGCAAACUUUGAAACGUCAAACAUGACUAGCUUGAAACGAUGGCAGUUUAUGCAACGUAUGGUACAAGAUUUUUGGCGAAGGUGGUCUCAGGAGUAUCUUACACAAUUUUUACAUCGGUACAAAUGGAGUUAUCAAACGCCAGAACCAAAUAUUGGUGAUAUAGUACUAGUAAAGGAAGAUGAUCUUCCCCCUGCGAGAUGGUUGUAUGGAGUUAUAACUCAAAAGCACCCUGGGUUGGAUAAGAUUACGCGUGUUGUUACUUUAAAAUGUAAAGGGAAUAUAAUUAAGAGACCCGUCUCAAAGUUGUGUAUUUUACCUAUAGCUAAAUAG